GCGACUGCAGCCGGGAGGACAGCCCAGGGUCCCGGCUGCCCCGCUUCGUGCUGCAGGGGAAGACCCACUUCCCGGAAAUGUUCCAGACCAGCCACCUCCUGUUCUACGAGCGGUUCAGCGCCUACCAGGACUACAUCCUCGCCGACUGCAAGGCCUCCGAGGUGAGAGAGUUCACGGCCGAGUUCCUGGAGAAGGUGCUGGAACCGUCUGGGUGGCGGGCGGUCUGGCACACCAACGUGUUCGAGGUGCUGGUGGAGGUAAAUUUCAUGCCCUUGUUAAGGCUCCCCUUCCUCUCUCGCUAAAAGCACUUCCCUUCCAGCUGUUGUGGCCAAAGCCUGGCUUGUAAUUAAAGUUUAUGAGCUGAUUGAAA